UAUGGAAACAUGUUAUGAAUCGAUAUAUUGACUUCUAUCCUCCCAUUUGGGUUACAGUCAAGGAAAACUCCCCGUAGGGUAAAAACCUUGGCCAGGACGAUACAGAACUGUCAACCAUGACAAAGGAACACCCAUGAACAGUGAAAAUCUAUAUAUGAUCUCCGACCACCAUCAGUCUCCCUAUCGGCUAACUCUCCGCGCUUCACCGCGGGGUGGCAAAUAUAUAUUAACCAGCAAGCUCUGUCACUUACUGGACCUGCCACUGUGCAGUUACUCGCUCAUGUCCGGUUAUCCUGCGUAUGGUUGAGUGCUUUUAUGGAUAUCAAUCGGGAUAUCCCAUCGCUCGAUGACUGCCUCGCCUUAGCCAUAUAAGAGAGGUUGACAGAUAUAAAUGGCGGGCAGGUCGGUGCUAGGAUAUCCACAAUGAAGACUAGCCUGACGUGCGGACGAUUUUGAUCCAGCAAGUUCUGUCACUUACUGGGCAUGGUCGCAGCGCCAGGCGUCAGAGCAGGAGGACAGAUGGGAGAGGAGGAAGGGCCGAUGGUGGCCAGGGAAUGGGAGGAGAAAAAGGAUGGGUGGAAGGCACUAAGUUUACGUUAGAAAAGCAUGAUAACAAGAGCAGAGGACUGACCAGAGCAUUUCCCUUUUG